UAGGGGUCUGUUUCUACCCUGUUUUCAUGAAGCCCUUGCUUCUCUCUGUUUCAGGAUCUAGAUUUCUCAUCACAUCCACGGGAGCCUUGUAUAUUAAAGAUGUACAGAACGAGGAUGGACUGUACAACUACCGCUGCAUCACGCGGCACAGAUACACGGGGGAGACGAGACAAAGUAACAGCGCUAGACUGUUCGUAUCAGACCCAGCGAACUCAGCCCCAUCCAUCCUGGAUGGGUUUGACCACCGCAAAGCCAUGGCGGGGCAGCGUGUGGAGCUGCCUUGCAAAGCGCUUGGGCACCCCGAGCCAGACUACCGCUGGCUGAAGGACAACAUGCCCCUGGAACUUUCUGGGAGGUUCCAGAAGACAGUGACGGGGCUGCUUAUUGAGAACAGCCGCCCCUCAGACUCAGGCAGCUACGUGUGCGAAGUAUCCAACCGAUACGGCACUGCCAAGGUGAUAGGCCGCCUGCACGUGAAACGUAAGUUGGACAGUUGGAAGGUAGCUGGAAAAGGUGGCGCUAGCCGCAUGGUCGGUGUCGGACAAAAGCUAAUCUUCAUCUUUCCCCGCAGCCUUCUUCUGACCUCACAGUACUUGACCUACAUCCAUGUGUUCAACAUCAUGUGA